CGCCGCCGUAGAAACCCAGAGGACGACAUGGCUGCCGCCGGCCGGGUGGCAAGGUUUCCGACCCUGCGGGCGGCAGCCGUACCCGAGUUGCCGUCACUUUCGCCACAACCAGUGGCUCCCCUUCGAGGGAAGCCUAGGAAGCACCUGGUCUAUCCGCACGCCCCGAGGAGCUCCCGCCUGUCUCGGUCGGUUCUGCGCUGGCUGCAGGGCCUGGACCUCAGCUUCUUCCCCAGGAACGUCAACAGAGACUUUUCAAAUGGCUUCCUGGUUGCAGAAAUAUUCACUAUAUAUUACCCUGCAGACCUUAAAUUGUCAUUCUUUGAAAAUGGAACUUCUUUAAAAGUCAAGCUGGAUAACUGGGCACAGUUGGAGAAGUUCCUGGCACGAAAAAAAUUUAAAUUACCCAAAGAACUAAUCCAUGGGACAAUUCAUUGUAAAGCCGGAGUACCUGAAAUACUGAUACAAGAGAUUUACACCUUGUUAACACAUCGAGAAGUUAAAAGUAUCCAGGAUGACUUCGUGAGUUUCACAGACUACGGUUACCAGAUGCGUCUGCCCCUGGUUACAAGGUCUACAGCGUCAAAGUCCAUUAAAGAUAACAUUAGGUUAUCAGAACUAAUGAGCAAUCCCAACAUGCUCAGCAAUGAACUUAAAGUAGAGUUCCUCCUCCUUUUACAAAUGUUGCAAAGAAAACUAAGCAGAAAAUUGAAUCCAAAAUGGUUUGAAGUUAAACCAACAGUGGGAGAAUCUACACUUGAUCAUCUUCCUGCCCAAACCUGUAGGCACAAAUGUAAUUCAGGGAUUUCAAGGGAAAGAGUUGUUCCUGUUUUAUAACUACUGUUUCCAGAGCACACUUUCAAUAUCUAGACAUCAGGCCAGUCCAUCCAAACCCUUUAACCCACCGUGUGCCUGAGGCUUCGCUGGGACGUGCAUGACAGAAGCCAGCGGACCGACGCACCCGUUAUCUCACCCGCCAGUUCUGAUGGCACGGCCUCCCCUUCACCUGCCUUGGCCUUCCUCAUUGGUGAGGCAGUGGUAGAGGUUCCAGCCGGGUGGGCACUGAAGCCUGGCCAGGCUGAGGCCUGGGAGGAGGGGGCUGCGACGGGCCGGGAGGCUGGGAGGAGCCUGCCACAGGCCCUUGCCUCCUUCCCUCGUGGCUACUUGGGCCUGGCAGGGCAUCGAAGGGCGUGGGCACUUGGCUUUAGGACCCUCAAAAUGGAAAGGCAGAAGUAGCAAGCCCUGGGGUGGGUCAGUGACUGUGCACUGAGCACUGACCCCUAUACAGAACUUUAUUGUGGUUAACAACCAUUUGAUCAAUAAAUAGGAGAGAUGCCCUCACAAAAAAAGAAAAAGAAAAAGUACACACUUCCAAUUGUAAAAUACAAAAGUA